AUGGCAGCCAUCCCCUCCAGCGGCUCGCUUGUGGCCACCCACGACUACUACCGGCGCCGUCUGGGAUCCACUUCCAGUAACAGCUCCUGUGGAAGCACUGAGUACCCGGGGGAAGCCAUUCCCCACUACCCAGGGCUCCCCAAGGCUGACCCGGGCCACUGGUGGGCCAGCUUCUUUUUCGGGAAGACCAGUGUCCCAUUCAUGGCCACUGUGUUGGAGUCCCCAGAGCGCUUGCGACCCCAGGCCUCUGGCAGUGUGGUCGCCUGUGACCUGGCCCAGGGCAACACAAGGAAGCAGCCUGGCAGCACCCAGGCGGCGCUGGCCCCGGGCUCCUCUUGA